AUCGAAUAGUCGAAAAAUAUUUGAACUUUCUUAGGAAACCAAACCAACAAAACAAAAAGGAAAACGAGAUAAUGGUGUUACCUUGGAGAUCAAGAGGAGGAGUAGCAAAGAGACGUAAUCAAUUGAUUUCCGGCGAUAUCUCCGUCGUGGAAACCAAGAUUCCAGUUCAACUCCGAUCGCCAUCAAGGAUAGAGCGGAUUCAGUCACCGCGCGUGCUGUUGACGCCGCGUGAUGCGGUGGAGAUAAGUCGGAGAUUGCAAAACGCAGCGGCGCGUGAGGAGUAUGCCGAGUGUUUGGAGAUUGUGAGCAAAAUCAAGAACUUGGGAAGAGGAGGGGACACGAACAAGAAGUGUUUGGUCCAAAACGGAAGCGUUUUGGCUUUGUCUUCUUGUUUUGAAAGAUUCGCGGCGGCGCGUGAUGGACACAUGCGUUUAUUGGAGGAAAUCUUGUUUGUUCUAUCAUCUUGGUUGCCUCUGAAUCGAUCAGAAGGUUUCAACAAGAUGGGAUCAACGGCUUCUCUUAACUGUCUCGUACGGUUCUUGAACGGUAAGGACGCUAAAACGAGACAAAACGCUGCGUUUUGCAUCAGAGAGGUUAUUGCAGUAGACAAGAGGUAUGUGUACGCGUUAACAGAUGUGGAAGGAGCUUGUGAAGGAUUAGUUAAGAUCAUCAGAGACUCUGUUUCGACUAGCUCCACGAAAGCAUCUUUAAUGGUGAUUUAUAGAGCGAUUUCUUCUAACGACAAGAUCACUGAAAAAUUUGUGAAACUGGGUUUGGUUGAGUUGAUCACAGAGAUGAUGGUGAACAAUGCCGAAAAGAGCGUUUGCGAGAGAUCUCUAGUUGUUUUAAACGCUACAUGCGAUAACGAGCAAGGCAAAGAAGAUGUUCUUAGAAACGCUUUGAUCGUUCCUCUUCUGGUGAAGAAGAUUCUUAGAGUUUCGGAUCUCGCGACACAAUGUUCGGUUUCGAUACUUUGGAAGCUAUGGAAGAAUAAGAAAGACGGAGAAUGUGAUGAUCGUUUGUUAGUUGAAGCUCUUCAAGUUGGUGCCUUUGAGAAACUCUUAGUGCUCUUACAAGUCGGGUGCGAGGAUAAGACGAAGGAGAAAGCGAGCGAGCUCUUGCGGAAUUUAAACCGUUGUAGAAACGAGAUCGAGAAGACAAAUUGUGUCGAUUCUUCAAUGCAUUUGAAGAAUGUGAAGAAAUCAUUUUAGUCAAACAAACAAAACACACUAUUAUUCUUUGUAAUUACUCUGUUUCUAAAUAAACUGAUUUUUUGAA